CCGUGAGUGGUAUGUCUUUAAAUUGUUAACACACGUAUAUAUACAUGUUACUAGAAUGUGUUAUAAGAAAUAACGAACGAUGUUCUUACCAACGGGUGAGUAAGGAAAACGGAUUACACACGUGUCAUCAUGAUAAAUGUGUAUGCUAAUAUUACCUCGCAACUUGGCGUAUACAGUGGAUAUAAAAUUUGUAGAAAAACUAAAUCGCUUUGCUGGUAACUAAGGAAAUCUCCUUGUCGGCGAUAUACAUGUACAGCAUUAGCGAUGAAGUAUGAAUACAUCUUACAGAGACAGCGGGCCCACAGUCAAUGAAAUAAAAUGACACAUUAAACGGUUUUAAUGCAGUCAGCCGGUGCGGCGCAAAACGUACGAAUACACUGCCUUAGGCCAGACACGGCUGUGGAAAGUGACCUAGCUCAAAGACAUAAUUCUUUGAUUGGCAUUUAUGUUACAGGACGUCACGGGCGUUUGGCAAUGCCGAAUUGGCGACAGUUGGAAAACAAAAGCAAGUUGAUAAUCUGUUCACGAUGUCACUGGCAGUGGAUGAUGUGCUUAUAUUGUUGGUGUCGUUGUGACUUUGUCGUUAUAAAUGUGCAGAUGUAGACAUUCUGCCUCGAGUCAUUCCCGAAAUGUUAUCUGUCACAUCGCCAUUAGGCGGUGAUCCGUUACAUUUUCUUCUCAUGUAGUUCACGGUGAAAGCGGAAAGAAAAAACAAGGCUACGCGAACAACUCGACUGGAGAUGGGUCUGAUAGUUACUAUCGUAAUAUCUGUCCUGAAGACACUGACUCUAAUUCUGUUUCAAAUGACGCCUGCAGCGUCCUUCAGCAAUGAAUCCUUGGACCUAGUUUCGAACCCAACUACAUUUCCAUCUCCGUCUGGGAGUCGGUGUUUCGGCGGGCUCGUGUGUGUGUUUGGAACGUGCGCCGACAAUUUCAGUCGAUGUGUGUGCCAACCCGGCUGGUCCGGACUUCUCUGUGACAGGGCGUGUCCUCUCGAUUGUGGGGGGAGGGGUUUGUGCGCCGUCGGUGUUGAUGGGGUACCCUAUUGCAAGUGUCACGUAGGAUAUACCGGUGUUCUCUGUGAGAAGGCGGAAUUAUUGGUGACAACGAAGCCAAGUUCUUCUGUUACACCAACCCCUCCAAAAGAUGUGACGUCACUGCGCCCUCUGUCAGCUCGGGAGUGUCCGGCAGGGUUCGACUGUCGUCAUGGUUACUGUCUGAAGCCGUUCACGUGUGCUUGCGACGAUGGCUGGUCCGGCCUGUUCUGUCACAAACCGUGUAGUCUGAGGUGUGGACGUCACGGCCUGUGCAAGGACGUCAACCGCCAACAGACGUGCGUGUGUGACGUGGGGUUUCGCGGCCCGAGAUGUGAGAGAGCCAGCGCGACUGAUUCACGUUCAGUCGUUAGCAAACACUGUGACAAUUGCAAGACUACAACAUCGUCGCCAUCGCUGAUACCGGCUAAUAUCCAUCAAGUCGAUGACAAUGGAACUAUUGGAAUAGUCCCAAGAGACGCGAUGGCAACAACAGAAACAACAGCAGCAACAAUAAUACAAUCAACAAUGACAAUAACAAAGACAACACUACCAUCGCCGACAACAACAUCGUCACAAUAUUUUAUUACAAAUCAACCUAUAUCUUCUUCAUCAAAUGUGCCAUCCGUUGUGUCAUCACCAUCUUCUCGCUCUGCGGAAAGUCAGCAGUGCAUGCCGGGAUUUAUAUGUCAACAUGGCUACUGUGUCAAGGGUCGACUGAAGUGCAUGUGUAACAAGGGUUGGACGGGGGUGUUCUGUCACCAGAAAUGUCCGCUCGACUGUGGGGCACAGGGCCAGUGUUAUUUCCGUCCUGGCAGCGCCCCAUAUUGCAGUUGUGUCUGGCCUUAUACGGGCAGCAGGUGUCAGCAUCAGAGGACUACAUCGUUACCAGAAACAGGUAACGUUUGGUCGACGACUUCAUCAUCACAUACCACUCCAUCAACUUCUAGUCUAACUACUACAACAGCUGACGGUUUAACCCUGCGACCGCUGUCCGUCCGUAGGUGUGUCCAUGGGUUUGUGUGUCGACAUGGCUACUGCAGAAACCUGAGGAACCACACGGACGCGUCAAUGUCGGGCAUGGCCCUGGAGUGUGUCUGUGACCGGGGCUGGAAGGGAGUCUUCUGCCACAACAAGUGUCCCCUGGACUGCGGUAGCCAUGGAAACUGUAGCGAGUUCGCAAACAAGACGUUGUAUUGUAGCUGUGACUUUAAGUAUAUGGGCCCUAGGUGCAAACAGCUGAGACCUUUGCCAAAACCAAAGAUGGUUGAGGCCACGUGGCACUGGUGGGUGGUCGGGUCGUGUAUUUUCCUGCUACUCAUCCUGCUCGUCCUACUCGUCGCUCUGCCCUACUGGCUGUGGAAACGGAAAGAGAUCUUCAUCAUGAAGAUCGUCUACCUGUUCCAACCGUUUGAGGACGAAGAUGACAAGCUCUAUGACGCCUUCGUGUCGUACAAGUCGACGGAAGCGGACGAACAUUUCGUUGUACACACUCUGUAUCCUAAACUAGAGAAAGCGAUGAACUUCAAGCUGUGUCUUCACUUCAGAGACUUUGUUCCAGGAGAAACAAUUGCCAAUAAUAUAAUCAAGGCUAUGGAAAACAGCAGACGUACCAUUCUCGUGCUAACGCCGAGCUACGUACAAAGCGAGUUCUGCAGGUUUGAAUACCAGCGCGCGCAGCACGAGAUGCUGAAACGGAAGCAGAGAAUCAUUCCCAUCGUGCUUCAGGACAUCUCGUCGGACCGGAUGUUCAUGGAUGAAACAUUAAAGAAUAUUCUAGACACUAUAACGUACAUCGCUUGGCCGUCUGACGAACAAGAUAAAAAGGUGGACAAGUUUUGGAAGCGUCUGGAGCUCUCUAUGCCCAAGAAACGCAAACUGACGAAUUCCGUUUCGUCAAAGAACACCGAUUUAUCAAACGUGUUAACGGACACGACACAGACUUCCAAAGGGAAAGGAUCAUUACACUCAAACUCUGAACAUUUACAAAUGUCUCUAAGAACAAACGAUAUCCUGGAUAUUUCUAAGAAUGACUUCUUUGAAAGCUUUACCAUUCCUGAACUGCAGCUCUCAUCUCCAAAGGUGUGAUCUUCACAUCGUACCUAAAUAGUGAUUUACAGUUGUAGUUUAUAUCUACAUGUGUUUUGUGUGGACUGUAUGGCGUGCACGAGCAGGAGAGAAUCAGGGUGGGGUUGGGGUGGGUGGGGGGGGGGGGGGGGGGGGGGGGGGGGGAGUCCCAAGAGGCGCGCUCUCCAUUUUCCCCCGAAGUCAAAACUAAAUAAAAGCUUGUUCAUACCACUUGCCAUGCAUGCCACUCUACACCCGUUCACAAUUAUCUGGAUCCGCGCCUGACGAGUGAGCUAUUGCCGAGCAUUUAAAGUGUUCGUCUGACAUUUAGUGGUCAAAGGAUCUAUUCCUCUUGGUGGAUACGUCGAGUCAUGGUCUGUUUCAUUCUCUGAUCAAAUGUAAUCAUUAUGUGUGUGAAGUGUGUUUGGGGAAGGUGCACACCCAAUACAUCUUUUCGUUGAUAAAAAUUAGAAUGUG